AUGCCGCCCAAGACAAGUGGUAAAGCGCCAAGAAAUCUGGCAAAGCCAGAAGAACAUCUCCAAACCGACAAGAAGAAGAAGAAGCACAAGAGGAAGGAGAGCUACGCCAUCUACAUCUACAAGGUGUUGAAGCAGGUGCACCCCGACACCGGUAUCUCCAGCAAGGCCAUGUCGAUCAUGAACUCGUUCGUGAACGACAUUUUCGAGCGCAUCGCCGCCGAAGCUUCCCGUCUCGCCCACUACAACAAGAGGUCCACCAUCACAUCGAGGGAGGUCCAAACUUCCGUCAGGCUCCUGCUGCCCGGUGAGCUCGCCAAGCACGCCGUCAGUGAAGGCACCAAGGCCGUCACCAAGUACACCAGCUCUAAAUGA